UUUUGUUUUGUUUAUCGCCAGUUCACCUCUUCCAUUCGCCCUCCUGGAAGCUAAACUAGCUAUCUGCCAGCCAUCUGUACCUUAAUUUUGUACCGGGUGUUCAGUGGAUAUUCUGGUCUCGGACGAUCCCGCCUUGCCGCUUUCGGAAAAAAUCGGCAACCCUCCCCCCCAGGUCGUUCGGUUUUUCUUUCAUCCUUAAUUCCUUGCUCGCUCCCCUCGGCUCGACCGGAGAGCUGAAGAGCAGAGUUGAGUCUUGCUCACCUACUCUCCCCCUCCACAACACCGCACGAUGAUCUCGCAACCCACGGCGGUGGUCUCGGAGGACCACGGCGCUGCUGAUUUGGAUCGCGCUCCUCAGUACGACGCCGCCUUGAACGACAAGGAGGAGAAGCAGGAGGAUCGGAAGGGCAGUCCCAUCUAUCAGGACACCUUUGGUGAUGAGGAGUAUGCCGAGGUCAAGUACAAGGUGCUCAGCUGGUGGCAAUGUGGUUUCCUCAUGGUUGCCGAAACCGUGUCCCUAGGAAUUCUCUCGCUUCCCGCCGUCGUGGGAGUCUUGGGCUUAGUUCCCGCCAUUAUUCUCCUCCUGGGACUGGGUCUCUUGGCCACCUAUACCGGCUACACCAUCGGCCAGUUCAGAUGGGCCUACCCGCACAUCCAAAACAUGGCCGAUGCGGGUGAGGUCCUGUUUGGGAGUUUCGGCCGUGAGUUCUUCGGCACCGGCCAGCUGCUCCUGGUGGUGUUCAUCAUGGCAAGUCAUAUCUUGACUUUCACUGUGGCCAUGAACACGAUCACCGAGCAUGGCACGUGCACGAUCGUGUUUGGUGUUGUUGGCAUGGUCAUCUCUUUCUUCUUGGCUCUGCCGCGGACAUCGGCCAACGUCUCCUACUUGUCGGUGGUUUCCUUCAUCAGUGUCUUUGCUGCCGUCAUGAUUGUUAUGAUUGCUGUCGGCAUCCAGCGUCCAUACAAGGGCGCCCUCGAAGUCACGGCUGACACGAGCCUGUACAAGGCCUUCCUUGCCGUGUGCAACAUCGUCUUCUCUUUCUCUGGUCACGUGGCCUUUUUCGGCUUCAUGUCCGAACUCAAGGACCCUCGCGAUUAUCCCAAAUCACUGUGUCUGCUGCAAGGCAUCGAUACGGUUUUGUAUAUUGUCACCGCUGUGGUGAUUUAUGUCUUUGCCGGCCCCAAUGUUACCUCCCCGGCCCUGGGUUCAGCCGGCCCCAUGAUUGCCAAGAUUGCUUACGGCAUCGCUCUACCAACUAUCAUCAUUGGUGGUGUCGUAAAUGGCCACGUGGCUUGCAAGUUCGUCUACGUACGGAUCUUCCGCAAUAGCGACCGCAUGCACAGCCGCGAUUUUGUGGCCACCGGCUCCUGGGUUGUUCUGAUGCUGGUCCUGUGGAUCGUUGCCUGGGUCAUUGCCGAGGCAAUUCCGGUCUUCAACGACUUGCUCAGUCUGAUUGCCUCUCUUUUCGCCAGCUGGUUUACAUUCGGAUUCAGCGGCAUGUUCUGGCUGUACCUCAACAAGGAUCGCCUGUUCUCGACCCCGAGCAAGAUUGCGUUGACAAUCCUCAACGCCUUGAUCGUUGGUAUCGCCGCCUGUGUGUGUGGCCUUGGAUUAUACGUCUCCGGACGCUCGCUGCACGACGACGCAAAUGGCUCGAGUUUCUCGUGUGCGAGCAAUGCGUGACCGGUAGGGGUUGUACAUUACCGAUGUGGGAUUUUUGCAUAUAUUUGCAUGUUUUGUAUAAUAUUUUUUUGGCCGGUGUCGUCACAUACCUGGGCAUCUUCUAGCUAUAAAUAUUGCAUCUAGAGUUCGUCUAUAUUUCCGAGUUUUACACAG